AUGACGCAGCAACACCUUUUCCAGGCCGCGGUGAGAAUGUCGCUGUUGCUAAGGGCAGCCAAGUCACCAAGGAGAAGACAGAAGAAAUUACAGGCCUUUGCAGGACAAAGAAAACCAAUAUUGUGGCGUGAGAGUGGAGUUGGGAUGGGGCUACGCUACAGGCUGACCCUUGUGACCGGCCUGCUGGAGUGCCUGUGUUUUGCGGGGGUUGUUUUUGGCUGGGCAUCUCUUGUGUUUGUCCUCAAAACAGAUGGAUACUUCAGUGAUCUUUGUGCCAAUGUGACUGGACCAAACAGCAGCCAAAUCACAGAUUGCAUUGGGCAGGAUGAGCAAUUUUCCCUGGUUUUUACUGUGGCUUCCUUCUUGAACAACUUCCUCUCUCUGCCAAAUGGAUUCAUAUUUGACCACUUUGGUACCAUGGCAACCAGGUUUCUGGCAAUAUUUCUCUAUACCACCGGGACCUUACUGAUGGGACUGUCCAAUGCAGCUCUCUCCAUCCUGCUCUUUCCAGCUUUGUCCCUUAUUGCAGUGGGAGGAAUUUUGUUCCUCAUGACAAAUAUACAGGUGGGGAACCUCUUUGGAGCUCAUCGUUCCACCAUCAUCACUCUUUACAAUGGCGCCUUUGAUUCUUCAUCAGCAGUGUUCCUCAUUAUAAAGGUGCUACACGAGGGAAGCGUGUCUCUCCAUCACUCCUUCAUCUUCCUCUCCGUCUGCAGUGUCCUUCACAUCUUGCGCACUGUCUUCCUUAUGCCUAAGUCACACAUCCCCUACCCAAUCCCAGACAACUAUACAUAUGGGGUCAGCUGUGCCCAGUCAGACAGCUACAAUGUGGAGAAGUAUGAGGCGACCAGGGAGAAAAAGCAAACAUUUGAAGGAGAACACCAGAGGGAGACAGACGACAUGCCUCUGAAGUCUAGAGACAAGCCAGAUCAGGAAGACACUGGAGGAAAUGAGCUCAGUUUUAAAAGCUGUGUCCUGUCCUGGUUCUUCCUUUGGCAUCUGGUUUGGCUCUCAGUGCUGCAGCUGCGUCACUACCUCUUCAUUGGUACUUUGAACUCCAUGCUGAACCGGCUGACCAAUCAGAAUCCAGCUCUGGUGAGUCAAUACACCAAUGCAUUUGCCUUCACUCAACUCUGUGGCAUUCUCUGCGCCCCAUGGAAUGGUCUCCUUAUGGACAGAAACAAGGGAAAGCCUCUGGCAGCAGGAGCCACAGAGAGAGAAGAGGAUCUGCGCUCCUCCGUUCUCUCCCUCUUUCUCACCUCCCUUCAGUGCCUCCUGUUUUCUGUGUGUGCAGCCUCCCCCGUCCUCCCUCUCCAGUACCUCACCUUUAUCCUGCAGGUUCUCAAUCGCUCCUUUCUGUAUGGGGGAAAUGCAGCAUUCAUCAGUAUUGCUUUCCCUGCUUGUCAUUUUGGAAAACUGUAUGGACUUGUGAUGUCCCUUUCUGCAGUGGUAUCAUUGUUGCAGUAUCCAUGUUUUACUCUGGUCAAAGAUGUCCUGGGCGGAGACCCCUUCUUUGUCAACAUUGGUCUGACCCUCCUUACAUUACUUGCUUUCAUUCACCCACUGUUUGUCUACCUCCACUGCAGGAGACUGGCUAAUAACAGGCAGAAAAUGCAAGAAGUCACAUGUUCUGAUCCUCCGACUAGAGAAGUCUCAUUAUAG